CACAUGGUUGAAACCAGGAAACAGAAGUGGUACAGUGUCACUGCAGUCGCUUUCUUUAUCUCUGCAGUAGAGCAGAGGGGACAAGUGAGGGUAAGGACUUAUCAAACAUGAUAAGCAAACCAGAAGGAACCGUCAGCGUGUCCGUGGUUCAGGUCUGUCAGAAUGGUCUCUCUAUUGACCUGUUCCUGCACCUCUCACUCCUUCCUGCAGUGCUGAUUGUAGGCGUGCUCUCAUUCCUCCAGAAAAGAGCCACAAAACUGGCCAUCGACAACAGGCUGCCCUUCCUACAGGGCCGGUUUGCCAUCGUGGUACCUCUAGAUACUAUAGGCAGCCUCAGUAACCGCUGGUCCUAUGGCUUUGCCUUCGGUGCCGUGUCCAGCAGUGUGUUGCUGCUCUUCUCUGAAACCUACGUCCCCUUCACUGUCCCGCCCUGGGCCAGAGCUAUCGUGUACCUGGUUGGAGCCAUAGAAGUGGGCCUGGUGUAUUUCCCUUUCUUUGCUUGUCUGUCCACACCCUUCAGAACAGCAGGGGCCGUGCUGGGCAUACUCUACUCUCUGACCUGGAUUAUUGUUAUGGUCUGGGAUACAUUCACCUGUCCAGAUGGUAAGAUUUUGGGUAAAUACCAGAAGAUUAUUGUCCAGUGGCCGUGCAUCCUCUCCCUCGUUUUCCUCUUGGGUCGAUUUCUCUACAUUCUGGUUAAAGCUGUUCAAAUACACCUGCAGCUGGAACCAGAGGAGUCUGAGGAGCUGAUUGAGCAGCACCAGAUGCAGCAUGUGAAGACCCUCCUGAGGAAAACAUCCGCACACGGUGCACCACUCGGCUGGUUUCAGAGGAGAGUUUAUGAGUGGGAUCCAUACUUCAAGUUCCCCAACAGGAUAAUCGGCACAGUCAUCAUUUCCCUCAUAGGCCUCUACAUAAUGACUCUGGCAGACUACAGUCUCAGUAAUGUGGCUUUCGCCAGAGUAGAGGAAUGGAAGAACACUCUGAGCCACCUGAUCACGUCGAGCAACCAGACUGAAGCUCUGGGCGCCAUGGUAACACAGCUGGAGGAAUUCAUUGCUGUGGCUAGAAGGUGUUGGCUGGCCACCACCAUCUUUGCUAGUCUCAACUCCGUAGCCUACACCUUCCACGUUUUGGCAUGCUACAGGAAACACUUGAAGAGGCUGUGGAAAGGACAGAGGGGGUUUCUGCCCAGCAGGUUUCACAAGCCGAGCUCUGCUCUCAGCGUCGCUUCCAUUGCAAGAUACUCUGGAUGGCAAAUAGCCUUUACACUGUGGGGGUAUGUGAUUGUCCACUUUGUCCACUUCCUGUUGGCCCUGCUCCUCGCCUACUUGCUGGUUCUUCCUGUCCUGCAUGGGAGAGCUCUGAGCAUGCUCACCAACGUCGGAAUCAUAUUCCUGACCAUCGGCCUGGUGAUAGGCCUGGUGAUUCUGCAGGUCAUCCUGGUCCAGAUCUUCUUCCUUCAGGACAAAAUAUCUCCAACUGAUAAACAGAAACCUCUGGCUCUCAACAACAGGAAGGCAUUUCACUGCUUUAACUACUUCUUCUUCUUCUAUAACGUGGUGAUGGGGGUCAGCAACUGCAUACUGAGGCUGUUAAUGAGCAUUGUGACGGGAACAUGGCUGGUGUCACGUAUCGACCGAACCAUCAUGCAGAGAGGAUAUGAAAACAUGGAUGCUGGCUACAGCACUUGGAUUGGGAUGAUCUUUGCUGAUCACUAUCAUAACAACCCAGUCAUGGUGUGUUUUUGCCAGCUGAUGGUUUGCAACACAGUUGGGACACACAAUGCACGAACAUACACCACAUUCAACAAUGCAUCAGAAUCCUCUAGGGAUAACCGGUCAAAGAGGCGCUGGAAGCUGUUUUAUACGUUAUUGCGAAACCCUCAGCUGAUUCUUCUGAGAAAGCACCACCUCAGGUCAUCUGCACUGUUACAGACUGCCUCGUCUCCACAGUCAGACACGGUGGUGUGGGCUUUUGUAAUGGCAUCUAAGGCACAGAAAAGCCAAGGAGCAUCGCAGUCACUACAGGCCGCAGUCCCACCAGUGGAGGACAGUGAAUAACAGAUUUUAUUAAACUGACUGUUUAAUAGUAAAUAAAUAAAACAUGGUUUGCAAUCCCAUUGUUUCAUGACCUUUAGACAAUCUGUGUUGGAGAAAUGUCACUGUCUAUAUGUAUGUAUACAGCAAAAAAUAAAGGGAAAUGUGAAUAUUUGUACAUAAUUAUAUCUGUUUCGAAAGCAAAUAAGAUGGUCAUUGUUCUGUAUAAUCGUAUGAUUAUUACUUUUUUUUCUUUUGUUUUUUAAUUAACUAAAAAAAAUUACACAGCUUUAACGUUUCAUUUCAAAAGUAUCUGUUUCAUGGAUUAAAUCUAAUUCAGAAAGUAUAAUGUGCUUUAGCUUGUACAUCAUAUUUGUUAUAUACU